AUGUCUGGUAUCUUCGGACGCAAGCUGUACACCACCUUCUGGAAAACGGCAAGUCCGUUCCUAGGACGAGGGUUGCGUGUGACUCGCGCUGAAAAUCUCUCCCAUACGGCAUCCCAAAUUGAUUCUCUCUACAAAUCAAUCCUUAAGCAAUAUGCUAAAAAGCUUCCAACGGCGCCUCCCCGCAAGACGAACCAGAUUACGCGGCGGUUUGCAUCCGGAAGCUGCCUUAUCCUCGGUGUCUCGCCCAGUUCCACUGUAGUAGAAACUGGCACAACCUGUGCGGUCAGCUCGGAAAAGAUUAUUUCACAUAGGUUAUCUCCGUUCAACAGAUGGUUCCCACACGUCCUCUCUCGCAAUGUACAAACCCGAGGAUUCCAGACGAACAAGGACGAUGUUUCGCGAGCAGGUGCACGAACAGACGCCGCUGAUCGAGCUGGCGUGAAAAAUGUUGAAACCGAAGGUAAACAUCAGAAAUCAGAGGAACAAUCGUUUCGACCAGGGGAGAAGCACGAACCCGCUCCUCCAAACCGUCCCCUAAUCCACCGUCUACCACACAUGCCACACCUCCAUCGCCCAACGAAAGAAGAAUUGUUGGCCGCUGCAACCGGCUUCUGGUCAAGGCUGAAGGUUCGGUUUAAGUGGUUCUCUAUCCGAAGCGUCCGGCCUUUUAAUCUUGACGAGAUUGCUGCGCUUUUCUCCUGGGUCAUACUUGGUCAUAUUGUCUGGAUCGUUCUGGGAACGACUACGUUUUUUUCUUUGCUUAUCUUAGCGAUUAAUACCGUGUUCGCGCAAGAAACUCUGGCUGGCUGGAUUGGUAACUACCUUACUAAAUCAUCUGGUGUAAAGGUGGUGUUUGAAUCUGCUAUCGUCCCUAAAUGGAGAGAUGGCGUCAUUACUUUCAAGAAUGUCUUUGUAUCGAGGCGACCGGGUCAAGGGACAGGCCAUGUCAGUAAAGGCUCAUCAAAGACUGCAGCUGCCGCUGCCGCCGCUGCACAUCUGGGUGAUCAAUCCGGGGCCGACUUAUUAGAGCAGCGCAUUUCGUCCGAGGAAGAGGAGGAUACUAAUUACACGCAAUUCGACCUUUCAAUAGAAACAGUCAACGUAACACUAUCAUUUGGCAGGUGGAUCAACGGCAAAGGACUCCUUCGCGACGUUGAGGUGAAAGGGGUGCGCGGAGUGGUUGAUCGCAGAUCGGUGUUUUGGCCUGAUGAACCUCGCGAUCCUAAAUCAUAUCGGCACGAGCAUAAUCCCGGGGACUUCGAAAUCGACUCCUUCAAAAUGAGCGACUUGCUUGUGACCGUAUACCAGCCCAAUAACUUUAGACCAUUCUCGUUGAGGAAACAGUGGCUCUUCUACGACUUUCUAUCGGCCAAUAUGAUGUCCGGAUCCUUUGACAACUCUUUAUUUACUAUUCAUCCUCGCCAAACUCAUAGCUUCACUGGCGCGCAACUUGGCAAUGAGGCAGAAGAGGACGGCAAACCGACCCCUUGGAAGAAACACAGCAGGAUUCGCAUUGAUGGAUUGAAUAUUGAUCAUCUCAACCGUGGGGUGCAGGGUCCAUUUGGAUGGAUUCAUGAAGGCACCGUGGACAUUGUUGCCGAUAUCAUGUUCCCCGCGGACAACGAUGAAAGUAUUGCAAAGGUAAUGGCCGAUCUUUACGAUCGAUUGGAAGCGACAGUCACCUCGAAUCGAUACACAGAGGAUUCAAAUUUCCACGAUUUGACGCAUAUCGACGAGAGCAAGUCCAGCGACUCCAGGCGUUUCUUAGUUACAGACCUCCGACUCCACCUUAACAAUGUGAGGGCAGUUGUUCCUUUAUUCACACGAGAUCUCUCUUACAUCAACAAUGCCUUAAUAAGACCCAUUGUCGCGUACAUAAAUUCGCGGCGCACUUUCAUCCCUGUCAACUGUCGCCUGGUGAAACGGGCGGCAGAUUUCGACGGCAGCUGGACUAUCUAUGACAGCGGCCUCAUGGAUGAUCUCUCGGCAGCUGUAUACGAUGCGUUUGCUCGUGAUGUCGUUGAUGAACAAGCACGUAAGCGACGCUUUAAGAAAGUUGGAUUUUGGUCGCUUCAGUUGGCUGCCCAGGCUAUCUUCAUGGGAAUGGCUGGGAAUAUAGCCUAA